GCGCCAGCGACGACACGCCCGCCACCCAGCACCUGAACUUCGCCGUGCUGGGCGCCAGGGGCACGGGCAAGUCGACCUUCAUACGCCGAGCGCUGGGGCUCCCGGACUCGACGGCGCCUGCUGCGUGUGCAAGGAAGUGGACCAUCGACGGCACGCCGUGUCUCGUGAGGUUCCUCGAGAUGUCGUUCAACGAUGUGCAGAUCGGCGAGAGGCACCUCAUCAAGUGGCCGGAGACUACCCACGACAUGGCUACGCCACGCAUCGAUGGUGCGAUCACGCUCUAUGAUGUCACCAGCCAGGACAGCUUGGCCAGAGUGCCUGAUGUCCUCAGUAUCUUCUCCAAGUCGAACCUGCCCUUCGUCCUGGCAGCCUGCAAAUGCGACCAGCACCCUGCGCACCGAGAGGUCGAUCCAUCCGUUGUCGAACAGAAGGCGAAGUCGUUCCUCGGAGACGUCAGCGUUUUCAGCACCUCUGAGGCCUCUCCUGAGACACAUCGACCGUGUCUGGCGGUCCUCAUACGGGCUGCCCUUUCAGCCAGACGGCCCAGGUCACAGGCGUCGUCCCGGCGGCGAGCCAACUCCUCUGCAGUCCUGUCCAUGACGCAAAAGGACGCUUGGACGAAGAAGCACGAGCGUGCAAGCUCGGAAUUAUCCUCGCAGUACUCGAGAAAAGGGUCGCUGGGCGGGAGAAGCCACCGCUAUAAGCCAAGCGAUGUCAACAAGACAUUCUUCAACGAGGAGUCUCCAGGCUACGACUCGGAAGAGUCUGGCGACGGCUCCGACACUGCACGCAGCAUCAUGACAGUGCAGCCAUCAGACGAGAAUGGGUACACAUUCGACCAGCUAGUCGACCGACUGUUGGCACAGCCCAUGUCCAAGAACGACACCAAGUUCGUCUCGGUAUUCCUGGCCUUGUAUCGCAGAUUCGGCACACCGAGCCAGCUGCUCGAAGCCAUCCUCAAGCGCUUCGAGGCGCUGGCCAAGAACAAGGACAUGCCCAUGAUCCGCGUGAUCGCGCAACUGCGCUACCUCGCUGUGCUCCAUCAAUGGGUCGCCUACUAUCCUGGCGACUUCGCAUAUCCUACAACACGCAAGCUGAUUCGGAAGUUUGCAUCCGCGUUAGCAUCGAAUCGGGAGUUCUCGGUGGCAGCUAUGGAGAUUCUCCGCGAUCUUGAAAUGGUCUCCGAAGACGACGACACCGACUGGGCGUGCAGCGAUCGUCAACGCGCUCAGAGCGACCAGUUGCCAGCCUUCUACAACACCGUGCUAGACGAGGAGUCGGAAGACGACGAGUUCACUAGAGCUAUAGGCCACAUGUCCAUGGGCUCGGACAGCCUAUCCGUCGCCCGCAGCAGCAUGACCGUCGGGUCCAAAUCGACCAACGGCUCCCUCGGCUCCUCUCUAACCCUCGUGACCCAAGUCGAGCGCAACGAACGCCUCGCCCGCCAACUCGGGCCCAACCCCAUCAAGCCCCUCUCCAAGAUACAAUGGCACCAACUCAUGGCCUGCGACGAUGAAGUCAUCGCCAAAGAGCUCACCCGCAUGGACUGGAUAAUGUUCUCCUCCGUGCGCCCGCGCGACCUCGUCCGCCACGUCUCCCUCUCAACCGAGGCGCGCAAGCAAUGCAAACAGCUCGAGAACGUAACCCGCAUGACCGCACACUUCAACCACAUCGCGUUCCUGGUUACAAACUACAUCCUGCUGCGCGACAAGCCGAAGCACCGCGCGCUCAUGCUGGAAAAGUGGAUGCGUAUAGCGCGUCACGUGCGGAAGCUGAACAACUACAACUCCCUCGGCGCGAUCAUUGCGGGCAUCAAGGGUACCGCUGUGUACCGGCUGAUAGCGACAAGAGAUCUUGUGCCGCAGGCUGUGAACCACGAUUUCUUGAAGCUCGAUAUCCUCAUGGGCCCCCAGAAGAGUCAUUUCGCAUACCGCCUCGCCUGGGAAAACAGCUCCGGUGAACGCAUACCGUACAUCCCUCUGUACCGACGCGAUCUCGUCUCCGCGUCCGAGGGUUCCUCGACUUUUGUCGGAGCGAAGCCCGCGGCGCCGAGCUUCAGUCCGCAUCCAGGGACGAGCGUAUUUGCCGGGGCCGCGGGGAGUAGAGAUAGCAAAGAAGCGCCGCCGGGCGGUGUCGUGGGCAAGGAGAGGAUCAAUUGGAGAAAGUUUGAGGUCAUGGGGGAUGUGGUUGUGGGGAUCCAGAGGGCGCAGGGCACGCCGUAUCCGGCGUGGACGAAGUGCGAGGAGGUGCGGGGUCUGAUUCUGGAUGUCAAGAUCAGUAAGGACGAUGAUGAACUAUACGAUCGCAGUACACACCUUGAAGCCACCGGCGCAAACGACAAGGGGCGAUUCGCUAAAUGGCUCGAGAAACGGUAGUGUCACACACUCGAUCGCACCGCAACACAAUCCUCGCCACAUACCCCUAUCCUUCACUGACCAUCCCAACCCAGCUGUGGGCAAGCCCGCAGCUUACCGACCACUCGUUUCCAUCUGUUUGGAUAUUCUGCAUGAUACCACAUAUCACCGUCGCUGGCGUUGCGUUUCUUUUGUACAGGCGGCAAGGCAUUGGUAGCAUAUCUUACCACAUAUGCAUUUGGAGGCGGACCUGUUUGUACCUACUUCGCAGUUUGCAUAAAGUGCAAAUCUGCGAGUCUACGUUUGAAAAUCUAUACAUUGGCACUAGGCUGCCUUGCAUAUCCAA